AUGACGCUGACAGAAGAGCGGAGAAGGAUCAAAUUCAGAUUGAUGAAACGCAAAGAGAGCCUGAAGACACCCCCAGGCAAACGUCUCAUUUUCCUGAGAUUGAUUUUGAAGUACCUGACGACUGGUGUGCUCCUCUGGGCAGCGAGAACUUGACAAAGCAGCAUGAUAACGUGUGUCCCAGCGUUAGACUGCGGCGGCUGUCUAUUCCACUGUGGCACGUUCCAAUCAUCAAGAAGGAGGUCAACCAUGUCAACCAUGACAGAGACUCCCACCGGCCAACAGAGGCAGGCAGGAAAUCCAAGAGAAUUUCCUCAUUGAAUGAGAGCAAAAAACACACUCAGGACAAAAGCCCACCAGGAAGAACCCAACGUCCACCAGUAAGAAGUGACAUGAAACAAUUGCUCCAAGAGAUCAAACAGGAAUAUACUGGCCCAGCAGUCAACACAGGUCAAAGAAGAAGAGGGCGAAGUUUAACAGGAAAACAGCCAGAAAAUGUUACAAAGCGCAAAAGUGAGGGGAGAAAAAACGCAGCACCUGAGCCUGUGUCUAAACAAAAAGGGAUGGUGGGAAACGGUGGAAAAUGGUACUCAUGCAAGUUUUGUCAUAAGGAAUUCGAUACAGAGGUCAGCCGAAAUGUACAUGUACAAUCACACAAAAGAUGCCGGGGAUGCCAAAAGUUGUUCCCUUUUCCGAGCGGUCUUGUGUAUCAUAAAAAAUCUUGCCAAAAACUCAAGAAACUUUUGCCAAAAGGAUCUGAGUCAUGUGACAAAGAAAAACUGUCCAUGCCGAGCAAAAAACAGUAUAUCCUUAAAAAGGAACACACGCCUUCAUCUGACAACUGCAGUGAGUCCGCAAGAAAGCACAAAGACCAAAUGAAAUCCAAAGGAGACCUUGGAUGGACCAGGCCUUUAGAGGAGCUUGAAGAUAACGGAGAGGGUUUGAUUUUUCCCAAAAAAGAUGCAAGCAGCACAGCCAACUUUAACAAUGUACAGAGAGAACACAGUUCAGACACAAUUCCCAGAUGGCAAACAAUGGGCACAUGGGGCCCUGAUGGUUACAGCUGCUUAAGGUGUCGGAAACUCGUGAAAAAAAAAAGCCUGUUGAUUGAACACUUUCACAUCCACACAGGAGAGAAACCCAUCAAAUGUGAGAAGUGCCCUAAAAGAUUUCGUACCCGUUCACAGCUAUACAAGCAUAGAAAAAGAUGUCGUUUUCCUCUGAGAAAUAUCCUGUGUCAGCAGUGUGGGAAGAAUUUCCCCACACAAAGAGAGUUAAAUAGGCAUUUGAUUCAUUUUCACAGUGACUGGCCUCAUGUCUGCCAGGACUGUGGGAAAGGCUUCCUCAUUGAGGGACGCCUGAAGAAUCAUAUUGAGCGUUUCCACACAUAAACUUGUGUGGUGCGGUUAACAUCUAAAAACUUCUGAUUGAUGGGUUUUUCCUGUAUUUACGACUGAAUGCGUCUGAAAUACGUCUUCCAUUGUUUAAAAUCGUCAUUUAAAUCUAAAGUAAGAGCCAUGAGUGUCAGUGUCAGACCAUCAGUGUGUCUGUCUAUGUACAGAGGGAUCCAGUCCACCACAGAAUACUCUUGUUAUGUCAUGAUCACCAUUAUUAAAGUUUUACCCGGACAUUUCCUUGACAAUAUUAAGGAUCUUUUCACAAAUUGGAUGAAAAACAUGCUUACAGAGAGAAGGAUAAAACCUUUUACAAUAGAUAUGACACAUAUUGUGAUAAACUAAUAUUUUUCUAAGAAAAUUGUAUGAAGAAAGCUUUGUUAGAAAAAAGUAACAUGAUGGGAAUGUGUUACUAUGUGAAAUACCUGGCAAAUCGAGGGUUUUCGUCAUAUUCAAGACUUAGUUUAUUUUAAUUUUCUUGCGUGCCUGUGUACUUAAACAAAAUGCUGCUCCUUUCAGCCCACAGCAGUGCGACGACAACAGAAAGGAUAGAUUUAUAUCUUAAAAAUUCCCUUAAAAAUUAUAGAAACAUAAAGUUACCAGCACAGCACAUUAAAGUUAUGCAAUAACUAUGUAAAUCUGAGAUUGCCUUAAAACAAACCUGCUCUUUGAACACUAUAUUGGCCUAAAAAAAACCCCAAAGAAUAGCUACCUCGGUAAAAAGUGUAUAGCAAAAUCUCUACCAGUUGAAAGUCUUUGCUGCCUUGUGCUAUCACCAAACCCUAUUUUUGUAUUCAAGGAAUGUAAAUGUUCAGUUGCUGUUUGGUAUCAGUUCUACAAGAUUUAGCAAGUGAGUUGAGAAACUUGCUCAAAUAAUCUUUAGGUCAACUCUGGAGAUAUUGGCUGUAUUUAAUGGACAAAAUGUAUCCUGUAAUCUACUGUUAGUUGAAGGAUAUGUGAACAUUUUAUUUUUGACUUAUUGCAUUCAAAGUUAUAUUAUAUCAUUUGAUGCCUGAGUUCUUAAACAAAGGUGAAAACCCUGUAUAACAGUUUCUUAAACUGUUACAAAAUUUGUAACAGUUUAAUUUGUUAAACUGUUAAUUUGUUACAGCAAUGUUCAGUUGCAGUUUGGUAUCAGUUCUACAACAUUUAGCAAGUGAGUUGAGAAACUUGCUCAAAUAAUCUUUAGAUCAACUCUGGAGAUAUUGGCUGUAUUUGUUGGACAAAAUGUAUCCUGUAAUCUACUGUUAGUUGAAGGAUAUGUGAAAAUUUUAUUUUUGACUUAUUGCAUUCAAAGUUAUAUCAUUUGAUGCCUGAGUUCUUAAACAAAGGUGAAAAUACUGUAUAACCGUUUCUUAAACUGUUACCAACUUUGUAUGGGUCAUGUUGUUUUUCAUUGAUCCACAUGCACAUGAUGGAAAAUUUACUAUCGUUGUUAAUUUUUCAUUGGAAAAAGUGUCCUUGGUGUUGCCAGAUUGUUGCCUCAAUAAA